AUGGCCGGGCUGCGGGAGGACGCGGCGACACCAGCACCCAACCCGGAAGGAAAAGAAGCGGGGCAGGGACGCACUGCCGCCCUUCCUCUUCCAUCUUCUUCUCCUCCUCCUCCUGGGUCGCGCAGCCGCUGUGGGCUCCGUGGGAAAACACACCACCUAUAUACUAGAAUUCCGCUGCAUCCUCACGUACAUCACAACAUCCAACCACAAGAGACGCAAGCUGACUGCAAUGUGUCCUCAUUCAUCUGGAAACCCAACCAGCCCGCUGUGUGCUGUGGGAGCACCAGGGCUGAUUCCCAAGCUGCUCCACUCUCCUUUUGUGAGCGGCAGAAUUCUGUAAACGGUACUCUCGUUAAAGUUGCUACAGCCGCGCACAGCGGGCGGAUCAGAGGGCAGCCCCCUCCUCACCACACAUCGCCAACGCUCCCGCGGCCGCCGUGCCGCCCCGCCCCCUGCCUCGGGCUGUGCUCGCUCGGCACGCUGGGACUCGUAGUCCCUUCUUCGCCCCAACCUUCUACGGAGCCGCCCGGCGGAAGGGGCCGGCAAAACUACGACUCCCAGAGGGAGAAGGGACGCGCCCCGAGCCCGCCCGGGGAAGGAGGGCGUUCCCGUUGGGUCGGGCCGCGUGGGCAGGGCUUGUCGCUGCCUAUCGCUCCCCCGCACAACUCGUUUGCCUUCGGCCCGGGAGCUCGGGCCGGGAGGACGGGAGCGGAGCGGACGGCGGCCAUCGCCCGGGGCUCGGAGUCGCGCGCCCGUGGCGCUCGCGUGGGCGAGGGGAGGCGAGGGCUGAAAGGGCCGCUGGGAGCGGGCCCUAAGGGAGCGAGGAGCGGGAACCGCCUGCCCCCCGGCCGGGGAGGGGCGGCCCGAGGGCGGCGGGGUGCGCUACGUGCGGUCCCCGCUCGCCGUGCGGUCCCCGCUCGCCGCUUCCCGCCGGAGAUGAGGAGGCGGCCGCCGCUGCCUCCGGGUCUGGCUGCGGGGGAUAAGCCUGGUAUUCCUCUACGUGAUGGUUUUGUAACUGGUGGAGGAAGGAAGGACCCCUCGGAAGCGUUUGUGAUAUGACAGCUUUGGUUCCCGAAGAAUUAACCCGUGUGUGCAUAGUGCCCCUAUUGCUGCUCUGGUAGCAGAACUCAUUUGUUUUAACUGGGACUGGAGGAGAGGGCUGCCUCGGUCAGCAGGAGCCUUGCACAGAUUUAUAUCGCGUGUUGUACUUCUUGGUGGGGUUCUCCCCACACGGUACUCUCUCUUGAUGACACCUGGAGGUGGCAGUGGGCCCAUGAAAGACUGCGAAUACAGUCAGAUCAGCACACACAGCUCUUCGUCUCCCAUGGAGUCUCCCCAUAAGAAAAAGAAGCCAGCUCCCAAGAGAAAAUGGGAGGUUUUUCCUGGAAGGAACAAAUUCUUCUGCAAUGGGAGGAUCAUGAUGGCUCGGCAGACCGGAGUCUUUUACCUGACUCUCGUGCUCAUCCUGGUCACCAGUGGGCUGUUCUUUGCAUUUGAGUAAGUGACAUUUAAGUCUUUGUAUCUUGACACUUUGCCUGUUAUUAUUUAUCGUCCGUCUGAAAGCGGUACGAGGGUGUUUAUCCAGAUGUCACAGAGGGUGUUGGCUGACAUCGGCUAAUGUCGAUUUAUGUAACUGAAAAUAUCAUCCGGUAAGAUGCUGAGGGUUAUGUGCUGCUCUUGUGCUCUGUAGAAAGCCGAGGUUUGAGGCUGAGCGUGGUAGGGCUCUUGUGCUGCAGAUUUCCAUCUCCUGUUGCAGGAGGAGUGUACAACAACAGGUUUGGGACAUCAAGACGUGAGAUAGAUAGUUUCUUGUCUGCUGCUUGUUCUUCUGAGAAUCAGAACUGAUAGAAAAAUUCUGACCCAUUGUCACAGAGCAAAGUGCAAGAGAAGCGGUAUCUUUCAGUAGCUCAUAAAUGAGUCCGUUUUUAUUUUUCCCUCUUGAAAUCAUUUAACAGCUCGGGGACAGGAUUUCCAGGUUAGCAAGUGAGAGGCAGAGCUGUACGAUCCUCUCCAUACACAGCUGUCAGCCAGUAGGUAACAGAGUUACUUUCAGCCUGUGCUGGUAACAACAUGGAGUUUGAUCUUACUGAAACCUAUGUUUGUUUUGGAUUUAUUUUGUAAGCAGGAUUCUGGUGUCCUCCUAGGGAGUUUUUCUGUGUUUCUGUGAAUCUUCAGGAAUCCUUCCCAUUUCUGUCAAGUGAACAUGCAGCAAUAGCACAUCCAAAAUGCUGAUUAUUAUUUUUGUACAUAUGUUGGGAUGGCAUAAUUCAUUUUGCACGAUGAUAAAGAAUUAGGUAUGUGUUAUGUGAAAUGCCAUUCAUCUUUUUUUAUCCUAAAGUGAGUGCAAAGGUGCUCCCCCUGCUAAAACACUGCAAGAAUUACUGAAUUCCUUUGACUUUACUAGUCCUACUGCAACUGUUAAAACAACUGUAGCUUCAUUUGUGGUUUGUGGCAGGAAAACAUGGUGUCUUCUAAAGAACGUAGUGAUGUUAAUAAACUCUAAAUUGUGCCAGUUAAACAUACAUCUUCUUAAUGAACUAGUAACAUUUGAGAAGGUAAAAAUGCUCAGCUUGUGACCAAGGGCUAAAUGUAUAUAUAUGAACUCUGUGGAUGAAUUGUUUUCUGUGAGUUUUGGAUGGGAUUUGUUCAUUGUAAAUCUUCUGCAGUCAUUGUGGAACUUCUUGAGCAUCCUUUAAGUAGUUGCAAUAACAUGGUUGAUGUUGUGUACACUUAACUGUAAGUGUGCUUACUUUCCUAUUUUUAAGUAGGUAUCAGAUGUGCCUGCUUGAUGUUACUGCAUAAGGAGUGGGUGCUGCUCUCUCUUGUUUGGUGUGGUUGUGCCCCAUUUUAGAUACGAAGGCUGACACCUGCCUCUGUGUGCAGUCUCAUUGUCAGUGAACCCCCUGAGGGGAAGUUCUGGACUUUGGUGAAUACCAGAAUGUAACAUUUAAGAUCAGAACUGUAAUGCUUUAUGGUCCUGGUUGUAGAACUUAGUUGUUGAACAACUGCUUCCAGCUUUUUAAUAUAUGUUUUAACAGUUGGAUCCUACAGAGAUAAAUAUUCUCUGCAGUUGUAUGACUCAGAACUGUUAAUGCAGGAAGAGCUGGUGGCUCACCUGAUUUCAUUACUGCUGUGGGUUAUGCACACUGUUGGGGUCAGACACCACCACUGUGUCUUAGAACUGUUUUUGCAGUGUAGCUUUAUGUGAAGAACCAUGCUUGAUGUUAGAGUAUGGCAGUUUGGUAUGAAAUUGCUAGUCUUGAAGCAAAGACAAAUCUUCGACUUGUUAUAGUUAUGCCAAAUUAUCUGUGUGUAUGCUCCUCUUUGGUCGUUCUUGCAUUACAUGCAUUCUCAUUUUAAAGAAAUGAGCUAAGUGAAGAGACUAUGGCAAUGAUAGUUAAUUUUUGAUGUAAUAAGUUAGGCUUGAAAUUCUGCCUUGUCCUCUGAAGACUAAAUCAAAACCAACCCCACCCAGCAUCACUCCAGCCUUAAGACUGAGAAGCGUUCAGCCUGCUUGUGGUGUUAGAACUAGGACAGGUAGGUAACCUCACAGAGGAAAAAGGGAGCUUCUUAUUUAGACAGCGCUAUUCUGAAGCAGUUUCUAGUCGUAUCACUUGUUAGAAGCCUGAGGUUGUUAUUUAGUGAUCGGUUGAGAACAUCUUGAGUUAAAUGUCACUUCUGUUACUUGAAUGAUUUGAUUAGGAAGCAGCUACUCAGCCAGCAGUCUGCAGAAUGAGAUGGAAAUGUGCUUCACUCCUUUGUGUACAUGUGGACCCAAGUGAUGUCUCAACAGACCUAUGCCUUACUUAUGUGAACUGUUAGGUGAAGCUGUCAUUGAAAAGAAAGAUGCAGUGUAUAUUCUUGUGACUGAUCUUGCUACUGUUGGAAGGAGUUAUUUUACUCACAUUUUGGAAACUGGAAAAUACAUGCUAACUUUCAAAGUCAUUCCUCAUUUGCAAGCUGUGAAUGGGGAGAGCAGGAAAGAGGUGAAUAUGACAGCUUAUUUCUGAGGAAGUGUUGUGCUGGCACAAACACUUGAUCCUUUAUCCUUUUGGUUUCAUUUGUUCCUCUAACAUCAUUUUCUCGUACCUCUUGUUUUACUUGACACCCAUUCAUCCUGAGCUGUCUCAUGUGCUUUUGACUCGUUGCCAGGGUAGAAAUGCAUUUCUCCGAAUCAACAAAUUGUAGCUUUCCAAAAGCAAACACACGUAAUACAUCUUGACCUGUAUAGCUUUUGACACGUAACCAUGCAUUUGAAAUCUUCACGUUUCUUCAUGUUUGUGCUUCUGUGCUUUUUUCCUGCUUGCUUUUUUCCAAGCUCCUGCCUUGUUAUUUUUAUUCCUUUUUCUCUGUUGGUAUUUCUCUCAAAUAUUCCAAGUAUGUCACAACUUCUUGCUUUUAUCAUUUCACUCUUUUUCAUUUUCAAAGAGGUAAAGCCAGAAUGUGCUUUAAAGGAAACCAACAAAUAAAUAGAAAUCUUCCAGCAUGGCAAGCUUUCAAACUGUUAAAAUAUAACUGCUGCCCAUGCCCCCUUCUGAAGGAAGAGAAUGCAAAUAAGCAGUUUCAUUUGUGUAACUUGUGUCUAUUAAUUGUAAUGUGGUACACUGCAAGUACUUUUGGAACCCAAGAGAGAUGCUGUGCGAUUGUGGUACUCCUAAAACAUACAUGUUUCAAAAUGCUCAAGAUUAGGCAUUGCAAUUUGCUUGUCUUCAAAUUUAGAGUAUGUUAUUUUAUCUUGAAAUUACAAUUCCUAACUCUAUCAGCAUGAUGCUUUGUUGUUUUUCUUUUCCAAUUUGGGCUUUUUGUUCUACUUCCCCUUGCCUUGUGCCACUAUGCAGAGGUAUGUUUUUAUAGGAAACUAAUUGGUGUUCAUGUGGAAGUAUCUGUAUGACCAGCUUGGAAAACAAGUUCAUUUCCCUAGAGCAAUGGCAACAUCAGUAACCAAAGGGCAGAUAGUAUUGCUGUGCCAGGCCCAUCCAACCACUGUAUUUACAUUUAUGUAAAGUCCUUUUUUGGUGCAAUAAAAGCAGGUGAAAUUAAGACACUUCGUAUUCACUGCUUUUAUUCAGGUAGGUAUGUGCUUUUAUUCAGGUAGAUAUGCAGCAAGAGGAAAGAACCCAUCGUACUUGGGGUCACUUGGGAUACUUAUUUAUUUAUUUUAUUGGAGUAAAGCAAAAUGGAGGCUGAGUGGCCUAUUUAAUACAGUAGGAUGUGUAAAACAGACAUCUUAUUGAAUGGCAAAUCUCAUGUGGAUGCAGAAGCUUGAUGAGCUUGGAGCUGCAGUAGAUGGGCUUUGCUGCCAGGAGCACCCCUGGCUGCCAGCACAGCUCCUUUGUGGAGCAGGCACAGGAGGGAACAUGCCCAUCCCCAGGCUGCUUCAUUUGAAGUUUCCAGUCACAGGUGGAUGUAAGUGAAGAUGCCGUUCAGGCACAGUCUGGUUUUCUCUUGUCAGCUCGGUUGCAGGGUCAGUAGUUAUGGGAGGAGGCUGGAGCAGAUGGCUGGGUGCCGGCAGGGCUAAGGCAGCGCCGCUCUCUUCUCUGUAAAUGUGAGCCAGAGCCCCAUCACUUCUGAUAUAAUGUGACACUUGCACUGAUUCAACCAACUAGAGAUUUUCUGAGCUAGUUAAAACUUGAUUUUUGUAAGCAUUUGUGUAAUGGAACUGUUUUCCCAAAGACAGAUGCUGGAAAAUUAUUUAAACCGAGAUUGAGUAUGUGCAUAUGUGUGUACAAAUCAUUGCUUCCUAUCUGCUCGUAUGGUUGCUGGCAACCUCUCUCAGGCCUCCCACUUUGAAAGCCAGUGUGAGUGGAGGACAUCCGUGAGUCACGCUUUCUGAUGCGCUGUAGAUGGUUCAAUAUUGAAUUUCUAUAGCACAUGCUAUGGUAAAGUGGUGCCACUUGCUGCUGCUCUCUGUGAUGAGCCUCAGUGUGCAAACACUGAUGUUAGCAAGCUGAGUGCUUUCACCAGGGUAUCCACGAGCAUCUUCAUCUUGUGGCAAGCUUUCUGCUCUCAAGAGGUGAAUUCUUAGUGUGAAGUUGUAUUCCAAGGAGGCAGAAUGUCUUUCAUCUCAUAACCCCCCUUUAUUUCUCUUCCUCUGCUUCUAAGAUGAGUAGGUUACUUGCAUCCUAUGAUGACCAUGUCCUUCAACUGAGUGUUGCUGCAUGCUACUGAUAGCGAUUUCAGCUGUUAAGGUGACUGUAAGUUUGCAGAGCACUUCCUGAUGAAGAUGUCAAAAUGGCUUUAAAGUGAAAAUUGAUAUAAAUUAAAAUGACUGUUCAGUGGAAAACUCCAUCCUUUCCUCUAUGGAAGGCAGUAGGUGCUUUAUAGUGCAUAGUGGCAACUUUUCCCCUACUUCUUUUUUUUCUCUGAGUUCUUUUAUUUAUGAAAAUUGUUGUUAAAAUGCAAACAGAUCAAUAUUUAUUUGUCCCUUUGCCACGUUAGUGAAAAAGAUGUGAAAUGUAAUAAACCUAAUCUUUGGGGUUAAUUUCUUUUAUUUAGUGUGUGUGUGUAUAUAUACAUAUCUACCAAAUGAUACGGCACGUUCAUAAUGCAUUCUGACCAGAUGUUGUUUAUUCUUCAUGCUUAAUUUACCAUGAAAAUGUUACCUGUCAGAAUCAAAUAUCUUUCAGAACCAAAGUGUAUUUAAUACUUGUUUUCCUUGGCAAGUGACUUUCCUUUCCUUGGUCAUAAGGAGCUUCCUUAGUUGAGCUGUUUCUCAUGGAUCUGUGCAAGUAUAUUCCCUGUAGUUACUCCCUGCCAAAAGUGAGUGGUUCUGUUCUAGCCUGUCUUAGAGCAGCGGUUCACUGGGCAGGUAUAUUUGUUUAAGCUUUUAAAUCUGCUUUGAAUGAAUUAAAUGAUAUAAACCAAAAUCCUUUUACCCAGAAAAGCACUAACAGCAUUUGAUAUUAGGUCAUGCACUUCUGUGUUUCAAGGCUCAGUCUUCUUAUCUGGAAGUGGAAAAUUAUUCUUCAUUUUUUCAGACUAAGGUUCGGUGAGGAUAACCAAAGGAUAACCUCUCCUAUUUUUGAAAGAUGUACCUUUAGUUCCUCUGAAACUGCAGAGGUAUUUUGUGGUUUUAUAACACUUCAAAUACUUUUCCUUAAAAUUUCA